CCAGGUGUACUGGCUGUCAGUAUAAGUCAUCACCAGCGCCCUGACGCUCCUUCCUUCCAGAUCAUCAUGGGGCACACUUUCAUCACUGGUCUUCUACUUCUGUCCACUUGGCAGCUCAGUUCUGGCCAAUCCAUCAACAAUGAAGUAUGCAACCUGCCAGCAGAUGAAGGACAAGGAAGCGGUAAUAUUCCUAAUCUUUAUUAUGAUAAAGCCAGAGACAACUGUCAGCCCCUCUCAUACCGUGGAAGCGGAGGCAAUUUAAACCGAUUUAGCAAUGACAAGAUGUGCAUGAGGAACUGUUCUUCCAAAGCACAUGUACUGUACCCUGAGACAGACGCUGUUUGUAAAAUGAAGAAUGACAAAGGCUUUUGUCAAGGUUUCUAUUACGUAUUUCAUUAUGACUGGUCAAAGAGGACAUGCGACGGGUUCUUCUACACAGGCUGUGGUGGAAAUGGCAACAGAUUUGAAACCAAAGAAAUGUGCAACAGGACAUGUGGCCACCUUGUUGAUGCUCCAAAAGAUGAAGAGGAUGAAGAGAAUAAAAAAAAUGCUUGCAACAUGAACUUAGACGAAGGAUAUGGAGACGGCUACUUUUUUCGUGUUUAUUACAAUAAAACUUUGGACAACUGCCAGCCUUUCUCAUACCGAGGAAGUGGGGGCAACUUAAACAAAUUCAUCACCGACAAGAUGUGCAUGAGAAACUGUUCUUCCAAAGGAUAUGAAGUGUACCCCGAGUCAGAUAAAGUUUGCUCCAUGAAGGUGGACCCUGGAUUUUGUCAAGGUCGCUAUUUAUUAUUUUAUUAUAAUUCAACAAAGAAGGCAUGCAAGACUUUUUCCUACACUGGCUGUGGUGGAAAUGGAAACAGAUUCGUGACAAAGGAAAUAUGCAAUGAGACAUGUGGCCAAUUCACUGAUGAGCUAAAUCCAGAAUAUGAUGAUGAUGAAGAAGUGAAUGGAGUCGAUCUUGGUUUAGUGUUUGGUAUUAUACUGAUAUUGGUUGGUGUGGCUGUUUUCAUAACUGUCGUAGUCUUGGCUGUCAAAGCCAGCAAAGAAGAGAAGAAACAUAAGAAGACUAUCCAAGAAAGUGAAGUUCAACCCUGUACUCAAUUGGAAGAUAAAGAUAUUUUGUAGACCCAACACCAUCAUCGCAUAUCUGGACUGAGCAGAAUUUUUCCCUCUGAAGAAAUACCCCGAAAGUCCUGGCAGCUUACAGCACGAGUGCUCCCUCUGUAACUUCUUAACACUCCCAUUUUGUAGAAAUCCAAUAAGAAAAUGUGUCGAAAUCACCAAGAGAGACUCCACGCCACCCCGAUCUUAAUUAUAACAUCUGUGUACAACUUGUGCUAACCUUCAAAGUGUAUUACCACACCCCAACACUCUAUGAUCUGUUAUAAUGUGUAAAGCAACUACCAUGAAGAUAUGGGGCAUUUAUUUGUAGUCCAAGAUUAGUAUAUAUGUUUAAAAUAGGCAUUGAGAUUCAUUUUUAAUGGGGUAUUGAUCUUUAAGAAAGACUGUGCAGGAUUGCAGGGGUUAAUGGGAAUAGGAAAGGAUUGUAACUUUUUUGUAUGGCAUGGAAUGGCAGUGGAAACACAUUAUCUUCUCACUGGGUCUUUUUUGAAGUUUCAUAUUAUAAAUGUGGAAAUAUAACUUGGAAAUUAAAGGCUGCUUGAUUUACUCAAAAACGGAUUAGAUCAUUUAAAAGCCAACGACUGGACAGGUGUAGGUUGAUGCUGCCACCAGUUUGCGUUGUUUUGCACUUACAACUUAAAAACAACACAGGCCUAGACACUCAGUACUUUUGGAUAUGCGAUAUCUCUGCCUAACAUAACCUCAUUAGUUCAUAGUAGUAAACAAAAUCUUACCAAGAUAAGCUGUUAAGUGUCAUGAUUUGAUAUACUAGGGUCUAGUUUACAUUGUACAGGAUAUUUUAUCAUUAUAUAAUUAGGCAUGGGUUUAUUUACUUCCACUUGUAAAUUACAUGUUAAAGUGGCUAUAAACUCCUCUUUGCAGCACAAUUAUAAAGGUGACUAAUCUUUUUUUUUUUUUGAUACAUGAAUAAGAGUGCUGCUGGGGUCUGUUCAGUCACAUGAUUAUA